AUGCUGCUCUCCAUUGGGAUGCUCAUGCUGUCGGCCACACAAAUCUAUACUAUCUUGACUGUGCAGUUGUUUGCAUUUUUAAACCUACUGCCUGUAGAAGCAGAUAUUUUAGCAUAUAAUUUUGAAAAUGUGUCUCAGACAUUUGAUGAUCUUCCAGCAAGAUUUGGUUAUAGACUUCCAGCUGAAGGUUUAAAGGGUUUUUUGAUUAACUCAAAACCAGAGAAUGCCUGUGAACCCAUAGUGCCUCCACCUCUAAAAGACAAUUCAUCUGGCACUUUCAUCGUGUUAAUUAGAAGACUUGAUUGUAAUUUUGAUAUAAAGGUUUUAAAUGCACAGAGAGCAGGAUACAAAGCAGCCAUAGUUCACAAUGUUGAUUCUGAUGAGCUCAUUAGCAUGGGAUCCAACGACAUCGGUGUGCUAAAGAAAAUUGAUAUACCAUCUGUCUUUAUUGGUGAAUCAUCAGCUAAUUCCCUGAAAGAUGAAUUCACAUAUGAAAGAGGGGGCCACAUUAUCUUAGUUCCAGAAUUUAGUCUUCCUCUGGAAUACUACCUAAUUCCCUUCCUUAUCAUAGUGGGCAUCUGUCUCAUCUUGAUUGUGAUUUUCAUGAUCACAAAGUUUUUCCAGGAUAGACAUAGAGCUAGAAGAAACAGACUUCAUAAAGAUCAACUUAAGAAACUCCCUAUACAUAAAUUCAAAAAAGGAGAUGAAUAUGAUGUAUGUGCCAUUUGUUUGGAUGAAUAUGAAGAUGGAGAUAAGCUCAGAAUCCUUCCCUGUUCCCAUGCUUAUCAUUGCAAGUGUGUAGACCCUUGGCUAACUAAAACCAAAAAAACCUGUCCAGUCUGCAAGCAAAAAGUCGUUUCUUCUGAAGGUGAUUCAGACUCUGACACAGAGAGCAGUCAAGAAGAAAACGAGGUGUCAGAGCAUACCCCUUUACUCAGACCUUUAGCUUCUGUCAGCACUCAGUCAUUUGGGGCUCUGUCGGAAUCCCGCUCACAUCAAAACAUAACAGAAUCUUCAGACUAUGAGGAAGAUGACAAUGAAGAUACUGAUAGUAGUGAUGCAGAAAAUGAAAUUAACGAACAUAGUGUUGUGGUCCAGCUGCAGUCUAAUGAACGGGAUUACAACAUAGCAAAUACGGUUUGA